AACAUAUUCUACUACUACUUUUAAAUUUCCUUGUCAGAUAAAUCUUUGUUUUCUAUAUCAUAGAGAUCAAAAGAAAGAAAAGGGAUACAUUGCCUUGGCAAUAAUGAACUUUGUAGCUCAUCAAAGAAAUGUAUAUAUAAAGCACUUUUGCAGCAAGUUUUCAAUGGACAAUGGCUUGAUAUGCUCUUUUUGCUCAUUAUGUUUAUAGGGUUUUUUCUUUUUAUGUGUUGGCAAGGCAUAGGAUUCUCCAACAAGAUGAGAGACAUGUUAGUUUCGAAAAAAUUGGCUGCGGUCGCCAUUUUUGUAGGGAUCGUUGUCCUUAAUCCUAUCGCGCCGGUUGGUUCAGUUGAUGAGGAUACGCCGGUGGUGGCGAAAAUCAACUCAGGCAAUAAAGACAAGAUUAUGAUCAGUUCUCAACUCUCUUUCGAGAUCAAACUCCAUGGAUUUCUUUGGUGGGCUUCGGUUGGUUUGCUAAUGCCGGCUGGAAUACUUGUGAAGAGGAUAUUGAACAAUGAGGCAUCCGGCCGCAGGCUUAAAAUUGUAUUCUAUGUUCAUGCUUUCAUGGAGAUUUCAGCAGUUCUAAUUGGAACAGCAGCUGCUGCAAUGUCGAUAAAAUACUUCGACAACACAUUCAACAAUGGCCACCAGAGAAUAGGGUUGGUGUUCUAUCUUGUAAUGUGGCUCCAAUUACUGACCGCCAUUUUCAGACCAAAAAGAGGAAGCAAAGGCAGAAGUAUGUGGUUCUUCCUUCACUGGCUACUUGGAAUAGCUGUUCCAUUAUUGGGAGUGAUCAAUAUCUACACUGGCUUACAAGCCUACCAUGGAAGAACGUCGAAGAAUGUCGGCAUUUGGACAAUCAUAUUUACUGUCCAGAUAUCUAUCCUGCUCUUUUUCUACCUCCUACAAGACAAAUGGCCUUACAUACAAAAACAAGGCAUGAUUCUCAGAAACGAUCCUGUAUCGCCAACCGAUCAUGAGAUGUCGUCACCACACCGGCAAAAAGAAGCUCGAAAUGGUGAAUCUUGUUGAGGAAUGAAUAUGUAUGUGUACAUAUCGAUUGAUACAUUAUUUUUGAUUCUUUACAAAGAUUAAUUUAUGCGGAUCAGGGUGAUCAUAGGGUACAAGUUUAUGGGAUUUGGAUCAUUUUCAUCUUCAAAUUUGUAAAGUUAUUGUCAUCUUCAAAUAUCAUUAAAAGUUUAUGAAAUCAUCAUAAAGUUAAAUGUUGACUACUGUUUCCUUUCAAUGCUUUCUUGUAAAUUCAUAAAUUCAAUAACAUUUAGAUAUCUUUGCGGAGUUUCUUACCACCUUAGACUUUACAAACAGUAAAAGGUAUAAUAAUAAGACUGUAUUUUCUAACCUACUCUAUGUAUUUCCUAUAUAUAUGAAGUAUGUA